AUGGCUUCGGUGGCGAUAACCAGAAAAAACCACCUCGUCUCUUCUCUACUCUACAGUAUCCGAUGCCGAAGAUCAUAUAUCCGUCGUCCAAUCACCACCAGCCGCCUCAGCUUCACGACGUCAACUUCCACUUCCCCUUCGCCGGCAGAUACAGGAAAUUCCCGGAAGAUCGCGAGGUUCGCCAAUGGUGCAGUUGUAUUAGGCAUCGACGAUACUAAAGUGCUCUCCACAGUUUGCUCAUCUAAAGGCGAUGGUGUCCGCGAUUUUUUGCCUCUCACUGUCGAUUAUCAAGAGAAACAGUUUGCUCAAGGAGUGAUUCCAGGCACAUAUAUGCGAAGAGAAGCUGGGUUUUACCAUGAGGUUCAGGUGAUGGCUAGUGUGCUUUCUUCAGAUGGGAAGCAAGAUCCAGAUGUAAUGGCAGCUAAUGCCACUUCUGCUGCUCUUAUGUUAUCAGAUAUACCAUGGGGUGGCCCCAUUGGAAUGAUUCGUGUAGGAAGGAUUGAUGGGCAUCUUGUUGUAAAUCCAACCAUGGAUGAGCUUAAUCUAAGUGAUCUCAACCUUGUAUACGCCUGCACAAAAGACAAGACUUUGAUGUUAGAUGUACAAGCAAGUGAAAUUUCCGAAAAAGACCUUGAAGCUGCAUUUAGGUUUGCACAUCCUGAGGCAGUUAAAUUCAUCGAACCUCAGUUAAGACUUGCUGAAAAAGCAGGGAAACAGAAAAAAGAAUAUAAAUUAUCAUUGGUGUCAGAAAGAACAAUGAAUAAAAUCCGUGAUUUGACUGAAACGCCCAUUGAAGCUGUUUUUACAGAUCCUUCUUAUGGAAAGUUUGAACGUGGAGAAGCCUUAGAUAAAAUUGCACAAAAUGUGAAAGGUAUUUUAGAGGAAGAAGGUGAUGAAGAAAGCUUAAAAGUUUUAUCAAAAACAGUUGAUACAGUGCGAAAGCAGAUUAUACGCAAAAGGAUUAUUACAGAAGGGUUUAGGCUUGAUGGAAGGCGUCUGGAUGAGGUCAGGCCUUUGUAUUGUGAAGCUGGCAGUUUACCUGGAUUGCAUGGGUCAGCUUUAUUUUCACGUGGAGAUACACAGGUUUUAUGUACAGUUACCCUUGGUGCCCCUGGGGACGCACAACGUUUGGAUUCAAUUGUGGGCCCCCCAACUAAGCGGUUUAUGCUUCACUACAAUUUUCCACCUUUCUGUAUUAAUGAAGUUGGGAAAAGAACUGGAUUAAAUCGUCGUGAAGUUGGACAUGGCACUUUAGCUGAAAAGGCUCUUGUUGCUGUAUUGCCUCCUGAACUUGACUUUCCAUAUACUGUUCGUAUCAAUUCUGAAGUCAUGAGCUCUGAUGGUUCAACAUCAAUGGCAACUGUCUGUGGAGGUAGUAUGGCUUUAAUGGAUGCUGGCAUCCCUUUACAGGAACAUGUUGCAGGGCUUUCAGUAGGCCUUGUUACUGAAGUUGAUCCAUCAACUGGCACUGUUAAUGAGUAUCGUAUACUAACUGAUAUUUUGGGUCUGGAAGAUCAUCUUGGGGACAUGGAUUUUAAAAUUGCAGGGACCCGAAAUGGAAUUACAGCAAUCCAAUUGGACAUAAAACCUGCUGGAAUUCCUCUUGAUAUUAUUUGUGAGUCACUGGGACCCGCAUAUAAAGGGAGACUCCAAAUCCUUGACCAUAUGGAGCAAGAAAUAAAUGCAGCACGUGUUCAAGAUGGAAAAAAUUCUCCAAGAUUAGUUACCUUAAAAUAUAGCAACGAUGAUUUACGCCGAUUGAUUGGACCACUUGGCGCCUUGAAGAUGAAAAUUGAAGAAGAAACAGGUGCUCGGAUGUCUGUGAGUGAUGGAGCCCUAACUAUAGUCGCAAAGAAUCAAUCCGUAAUGGAAAAAGUGCAAGAAAAGGUUGAUUUAAUAAUUGGGAGAGCAAUUGAAGUAGGAGGUGUUUACAAAGGGAUUAUAACUUCAAUAAAAGAGUAUGGAGCUUUUGUAGAGUUCAAUGGUGGACAACAUGGCCUCUUACAUGUGUCUGAAUUAUCUCAUGAACCGAUAUCCAAAAUUUCAGAUGUGAUUUCAGUCGGGCAGCAACUUUCUUUAAUGUGUAUCGGGCAGGAUCUCCGUGGCAACAUAAAACUCUCUCUAAAAGCCACUUUACCUCAAAAGACCAAAAAACCCGAUCCGAUUAAAACAUCCUCGGAUUUAUCAAAACAAGUCGAGGAUUCUCCGCCACGUCAGCAAGAACCCCAGAAUUCCACAUCAUAUUCCGCCACGUCACCGAUUGUGAUCCGAAGCGCUGUGGAGUGUGAUGAGGAGGAGAAAUUGUCUACUUUGAUUUCGAGUGUCAAACAUAACAGCAAAUUGCCACGUGUUUCAAAGCCAAAAUCUUCUUCUCAAAAACCCAAGAGUUUAAAGUCUUCAAGUAAUGAGGAUGAAUUAGGUUGUGAUUCGGGAUCUAAAAAAACUAAAGGGGGAAAACCGUUUCUACUAACGGAGAAAAGAACAAAUAGUGGUUCUAAUUAUACAAGCUCUGAAGAAGAAGAGGAAGAUGAUGAUAAACAUAAACAUGCGUUUACAAAUGUAGUGGAUAUUUCUGAUUUUUUUAAAGAUAGAGAAUCGAAAGUAGAGGAGACUUCAAUUGAUGCAAAAAAGCUGAAACUUGGAACGAAAGUAACUGCAAAGAUUGUUCAAGUACGUGCACGUGGAUUAGUAUUGGAUUUGGGUGGUGGAAUUAAUGGGAUGUAUCGGUUUGAGGGUGGUGGGAAGCAGGAUUUUGAAGUAGGCAGUGAGGUACGAGUACAAUGUACAAGCUUUAACAGCAAGGGUAUUCCUGUAAUGUCAAUUGUACAGGAUGAUUAGAGUGAUGACAUGAAGAUUGGUUGAUUUUUUUUUAUAGAUAAUUAAUAUUAUAUUAUCUAUAAUGGGUUUUGUAGAAUAGUGUAUGGAGUUAAAUGCAAGAGACCGAAUUGUUGAUCUCUUAUUUUUACUUUGAAAAAUUGUUAUAAUUU